AUGCCCUACAACCUCCGCCUCAUUGUAGUUAUCAAGGCUCAUUGUGACGCCUACACAGUUCCCUACCAAGCCUCCGCUCGACUCCACAUUCCCAACACUUCCAUUCCGCUCGACUCCUUGCUGCCUAGGACUCCCCCUUCAUCCGCUGCGGCCUCAACAUUAGGCAGACGAAUACGAAAUAUGGGCGCAGUCAGUGCAGAUUAUGCACAUGUCGUUGAACUCUCGUCGAAACGUGGAAAAGGAAAGGGAGGGUUGGAUGACGGGUUUGACAAAGGCCGUUUCAAUUGGCGCGCUUGUGGGAGGUUGAUCAUGAAUGAGUGA